AUGGAUCAGCCAACGAACACGCAGACACCGCAUCAACACGAACCCAUCAGCUUCGGGAUUGAUCAGAUUUUAAAUAGUUCUGAUCAGGAGACCCCUUCCCAGCCCGCCCCCCGAGGAUCAGACAGCGGCACCAAUUACCUGGGCAGCCCCGUGAGCAGCAGAAGCAGCGCCCCGUACCCUUCCCUCCCCGGCGCCUUCGCUGGCAUUGGGGCUCCCUUUGAAGACUCUGGAUCUUACAGUGUGAAUCUCAGCUUGGCUCCAUCUGGCGUGAUCCGGGUGCCAGCGCACAGACCCAUCCCUGGGGCAGUGCCACCUCCAAUUUCUAGUGCCAUUCCAGCCAUGCCAGCUGUACCCAGCCUUGGCAGCCUCAACUUCCCUUGGAUGGAGAGCAGCAGGCGGUUCGUCAAAGACAGAUUCACAGCGGCGGCGGCGCUGACGCCCUUCACGGUGACGCGGAGGAUCGGGCACCCCUACCAGAACCGCACUCCGCCCAAGCGCAAGAAGCCGCGCACCUCCUUCUCGCGGGUGCAGAUCUGCGAGCUGGAGAAGCGUUUCCACCGGCAAAAGUACCUGGCCUCGGCCGAGAGGGCGGCGCUCGCCAAGUCGCUCAAGAUGACCGACGCCCAAGUCAAGACCUGGUUUCAGAACCGCAGGACCAAGUGGCGGAGGCAGACGGCGGAGGAGCGGGAAGCCGAGCGACAACAGGCGAGCCGGCUGAUGCUGCAACUUCAACACGACGCCUUCCAGAAGUCGCUCAACGAAUCGAUCCAGCCCGACCCGCUUUGUCUGCACAACUCCUCGCUCUUCGCCCUCCAGAACCUCCAGCCUUGGGAAGAGGAAGCCUCCAAGAUCCCCCCCGUCACUUCCUUGGUCUAA